UGAACAGAAACACAAUGAGCCUCCUAAGAGCUGUUUUAUUCUGGUUUGUUGUGACUUUCUGUGAGGGUGCGGAGAAACCUCACAUUGUGUUUAUCGUAGCUGAUGACCUCGGAUGGAACGAUGUUGGAUUCCGGAACCCUCAAAUGAUCACCCCUAACCUGGACAGACUGGCCAAAGCGGGAGUCAUCCUCAACUCAUCUUACGUCCAGCCUCUAUGCUCGCCCUCCAGAAGUUGUUUCAUGUCGGGGUAUUUCCCUUAUCACACUGGUCUACAAGAUGGCGUUGUAAGGAUAAACGCAGCAAAAUUCCUUCCUGCUAACUUAACAACAAUCCCACAGAAACUGAAACAACUUGGUUAUGAUGCCCACAUGGUUGGGAAGUGGCACCUUGGCUUCUGUAACUGGAAGUAUACACCCACAGAGAGAGGCUUUGACUCCUAUCUUGGAUUUUACUCUGGUGAUGAGGAAUAUUUUACUCACAUGACAAAUGAUGGUAAAGGGGCACUGGAUUUUCGCUUCAACAAAACUGCCUAUAAAGAUGCCAAUGGAACCUAUUCUGCAAAUGUGUUUGGUAACAGGGCUGUUGAAAUCAUUGAGAACCACGACGAUAGUAAGCCACUCUAUCUGUACCUUCCAUUCCAGGAUGUUCACGGGCCUCUUGAGGUUCCACCUAAAUAUGAAAACAUGUACAAGAACAUAGAAAACCGAAAAAGAAGGAUCUAUUGUGGAAUGGUGAGUGCUUUAGACGAAGCUGUUGGAAACAUCACGAAGGCAUUAGAAGAAAAAGGUCUCAUGGACAAUCUAUUGUUGGUCUUUACAACUGAUAAUGGUGGCCCUACAUUUGUUGCUGCCAAUAACUUGCCGUUACGGGGAGCCAAAAAUACUCUCUGGGAAGGAGGGACGAAAGGCACAGGGUUCAUCUACAGUAAAUCCCUUCUGAAGAAGACAGGCUACCUCAACACUGGAAUGAUGCAUGCUGUGGACUGGUACCCAACAUUAGUGGAGUUGGCUGGUGGAGAAAACACUGAUCCCAACAUGGACGGAGUCAGUCAGUACGACAUGCUCAUCAAUGGUGGACCCAGCAAGCGAAAUGAGUUCGUCUACAACAUCUAUGACGAGAGAGAAGCAGCUGCAAUCAGGUACGGAGAUCUCAAGCUCAUGCAAGGCAGUCCGGGAGAUCACAAUGGUUGGGCUCCUUUACCACAUUUGGGAAUUGAUGAAGAUGUCUAUGAAGCUGAUAACCAAACGUUCCCUCCCUUCAUGCUCUACAACAUCACUGCAGAUCCAACCGAACACUUUGACCUCUCUUCCAAGUAUCCUGAUCUACUGGACAUGAUGAAGAAGAGGCUGGAGAACUGGAAGAAGUCUCGUGUUCCUGCCCAGAACGAUUCCCCUGUUCCUGCAUCGAACCCUAAGUACUUCGGUGGUGUAUGGAGUCCUGGAUGGUGUUGAUAUCACUUUCAAGCUUACACGUCCUGUUGCACAAAUGUACUAAACCUACAGGUGUGUUGAAAACUGAGUGUUCACGGCAUAACACUUACUUGAUUUUAAAUAAAGGGAGUAAAUUCCGA